ACUGUGGAGCUGGGAGCUAUCAGUAUGGUGUAAAUAGGGGUUUCCCAUGUUGUAACUUUAUCCCUAUCCACAGAAUAGGGGAUAACAAUCUGUUGGGGGGGGGGAGGUGAUCUGGUUGGGUUCUGACCACUGGGGUGAUCCACUAACAGAUUUGAGGACAACCUGGUGCUCAUGCAUUUGCUCUUCUGCACAUCCAACAUAGCUCAUUGGGCAAUUUUGUUUCUCCCGGACUUGACUCCUUCUUCUGAGCAAUGGUAACAGCCUGCAGUGGGUAGAGGUGGGUUUCCUCUGGAAUUUAUCUUUCCCAUUAAAGGGGUACUCUGCUGCUAGACAUCUUAUCCCCAAUCCAAAUGAUAGGGAUAAGAUGUCUGAUUGUGGGGGUCCUGCUGCUGGGGCCCCACUCGAUCUCUUGCAGCACCUGGUGUUGUUUAGAACUGCGGCAGUGGUCGGGACGUCAUGGCCACACCCCCUCAUGACGUCACACCACGCCCCCUCCAUUCAUGUCUAUGGAAGGGGGCAUAGACUUACAUUGAGGGGGCUGUGGCGUGACAUCACGAGGGGCGUGGCCGUGACAUCACGACCCCAACAGCCCACAAAAUGUUCCGAAGGCUGGGGCAAUGCCGUACCCCUUUAACCUUUUAAAAAGUAGAGAAACAGGCUUCACUCACUCAGGAGCAUGAGAUCCUCUGCACUUCCGGACCCCAGCAUGGGUAAAAUACAAAAACUGUAAUUCUUUCUUCAAUAUAAAAACAUGAUAGAAGUCAAAAUUGUGGUAAAAACAGACCGACGCAUUUCGGCAAACAAAAGCUUUCUUCAAGGUCUUCACUUUUAAAAAGUAACAGUAUGACAGGUUCGGCAACAAAAUGGGUCUACAUUCUCUCACUUAGGGGAGGUAUUUGGCUUUAGUUAUUUUGGGAUAGUAUUGGCUUUAGUUAUUUUGGGGUAGUAUCGGCUUUAGUUAUUUUGGGGUAGUAUUGGCUUUAGUUAUUUUGGGGUAGUAUCGGCUUUAGUUAUUUUGGAGUAGUAUUGGCUUUAGUUAUUUUGGGUUAGCAUUGGCUUUAGUUAUUUUGGGGAAUAUCGGCUUUAGUUAUUUUGGGGGAAUAUUGGCUUUAGUUAUUUUGGGGUAGUAUCGGCUUUAGUUGUUUUGGGGGUAGUGUGGGAUUAGUUAUUUUGGGGUAGUAUCGGCUUUAGUUAUUUUGGGGUAGUGUUGGCUUUAGUUAUUUUGGGGUAUAUUGGCUUUAGUUAUUUUGGGGUAGCAUUGGCUUUAGUUAUUUUGAGGUAGUAUUUGCUUUAGUUAUUUUGGGGUAGUAUUGGCUUUAGUUAUUUUGGGGUAGUAUUGGCUUUAGUUAUUUUGGGGUAGUAUUGGCUUUAGUUAUUUUGGGGUAGUAUUGGCUUUAGUUAUUUUGGGGUAGUAUUGGCUUUAGUUAUUUUGGGGUAGUAUUGGCUUUAGUUAUUUUGGGGUAUAUUGGCUUUAGUUAUUUUGGGGUAGUAUUGGCUUUAGUUAUUUUGGGGUAGUAUUUGCUAUAGUUAUUUUGGGGUAGUAUUGGCUUUAGAUAUUUUGGGGUAGUAUUUGCUUUAGUUAUUUUGGGGUAGUAUUGGCUUUAGUUAUUUUGGGGUAGUACUGGCUUUAGUUAUUUUGCAUAUUUUAAUCUCUUACAUUUGAAACUACAGAAGCCGCACAGACUGUGAGGAUAAAGCUGAGUCUAUAGAUAUAGAUAACAUUAUGGCUUCCACCAUUAGAUAAAUGUUAACAGGUUUUGCGUCUAAAACUUUAACCAUCAAUCAAAGGUCAACAAUGAGACGUCACCAUAAAGAUAGUCGUGCCUACCAUAAAACCUUAGAGAGAGGAGGCCGAUCCCUCGCCAUCUCGUAGAUAAGAACAUGGGAGAUGUGACCUCGUCUUAUGGGACGUCCCAUCACCCCAGUAAUAUUCAUUCAUUCCAUUCACCUUCUCAAGUCGAUGACUUCCCAUCUAGGACGUCGGCUUCUUUUUGCUCUGUUUUGGGGCAAAAUAUGACAAAAGACGUCCUGACCCCAGAGGCAGAUUUGGGGUAUUUCAGCUUGAUGUGGGCACAAGGAUAGAUCUAUGACACCAGAAGACAACGGAUCUGAUAGGACACGACACAGAUACAUAGAGAUGAAGAUACUGGAGGAGAAGACGACAACUCAUAUAACCAGGACUGAUAGAAUCCAAGGCUGAAUAUUGUCCUAUAUAGGCCUCAGUCUACACUAGACCUGCAAGAGAUGGAUCAGGGAUCAGAACGAAUUAUAAGAGAGGAAGAUAUCCAAAAAGUAUUAGAGAAACUGUAUAAGUAUGAAGAUCACAAGGUGAGGAAGAUUUACAAAUAUUUCAAAGAGGAUUUAGUCUUCAUCAUAGAGACUAUGGACACCUUCAGUCUUUAUUCUGAACUUGAGUCUCGGAAAACGGUUGACAUAAAGUCUUAUAUACAAAUGAGGAAUGACCUCUGCCCCAGUAUUUUCUCGGAGAGAUUGAUACAAAAUAUUUUCCAAAAGGGAAGGAAAGGUGUAAUAGGGUUCUGGGAAUGCCUCUUCUCUGUAGCCAUUGGACGCUCCGAUCCCAACCUUGUGACAAUACUGGAUGAAAUCCUUCAGACAGGUGACCACCUUAUAGAACAGAUGAUUCUGGAUAAACACGGGCCAUGUCUGUUUACAGAGCUGAAAGACAUCCAGACGCUCCAUAAAAACCAUCUGUGGAGGAAAAGUCAAUAUUUGGUGGAGCACAAACCCCCAGGGUCCACCUUGGAUUCGCAAAUCUUCUACAUCUCUGAGCGCUACGUCAACAUCGUGGUUGUCUCGAGUGACCAAAGAAAGCUACAACCUCAGAAUGAGCUGAUAAUGACCGGGAUAAAACACGAGAAGUGCAUGUAUGAUAAAAGAACCACCAUGGAACGUAUUGUCCCCAACAAGCUGUUCCGAUGGUGUCACCAAAUCGGGCAUGCGCCGCAUACAGUGAUGGUGAAGGGCGUUCCGGGCGUUGGGAAGACCACGCUCAUGCAGAAGUUUGUCUACGACUGGGUGACCGGGAAACUCUACCAGAGAUUUGCUUUCGUCUUCUUCUUCAAAUUCCGCACACUGAAUCACCUGGAGGAGGUCAGUCUGGAGACGCUGAUCCUUCGGGAGUACCCUCACCUGCAGAAUCAUCUCGGAAAGAUCUUACAGAAGCCGGAAGAACUGCUCUUCAUAUUCGAUGGCCUGGAUGAAACGAUUCACCAAAUGGAUUUCUGGUCCGAUCAACUCUUGACCAACGUAAGACAGGCGGAUGGUCUCGGUGUGGUGGUCGUCAGUUUGGUCAAACAGUACCUUCUUCCCGGCUGCUACGUCUUAAUGACCAGUCGCCCAACCAAACUGGCAUCGGUAGGUACGGGUGUUUUUCAGAGGGUGUCCGAGAUCAUGGGCUUCUAUCCCAAGGAGAGGAAACAAUACUUCGAAGGGUUUUUCCAAAAUGAGGACAUUUCUAAUAAAAUGUUUAAAUAUGUGAAGGAGAACGACACGUUGUACACGUUCUGUUAUAUCCCGUCCUACUGCUGGAUCAUCUGUACCGUAUUAUCCAAAAGCUUCCAGACAAGUAGUGGUCAGUCGGUGACCUUCUUACCCAGAACAGUGACCCAACUCUUCGCGAUAUUUGUGGCCAACAUUCUGUCCAACCACAGUCUGCACAAAGAUGACGUUCAGAAUCUUCUAAAGUCCAUCGGAUGGUUGGCAGAACAUGGAGUCAUGAAUCACCUGAUUAUUUUCGAUGGUCUGGAUCUGGGAUCUUUCCAUGUUGACGCUUCGUCUCCUCUACUAUCAAGUUUUCUCAUCGAGGCCGACCAACCUCCAACCUAUUCCUUCCUACACCUCACUAUUCAGGAGUUCUUUGCUGCUCUGGUCCACUAUAUGGACUAUAACCCAGAGAAACUCCAUAAGUCACUGAAGAAAACCCAACUCUUUGACGAUAACCGCGGUGACAUAUUUGUUCGUUUCCUCUGCGGCCUAUCGGAUACAACCACCGCGUCCUUUUUAAAAGACUAUUUGGGGGAGUUUUCUACCAAAACGUCAAAGAUUCUUAUUGAGUGGCUUCUACAGACCAUCCAUGAGACCUGGAAGGAGAACGAAUACAAAGAUGACAACCGAAGGCUCCUGGGGGCAUUUGUCUAUCUUUUUGAGACCAGAAACAAGGCUCUCAUUUUGGAAUCUUUGGGAUCGGGCAAAUGUUUCGACUUUUCUUACGUACAUUUGACACCGCUAGACUGCAGCGUAUUUCCAUUUAUUCUAGAAUCUUGUGUAGAGACCAAAAGACUCAAUCUAGAAUCGUGUAGUAUUCAAAGGGAGGGAUUGGAAAGACUGUGUGGAGCUCUACAUACUGUAAAGGACCUCAGCCUUCGUGACAACAAUCUAAAGGAUGGAGAUGUCGACUUCAUAUGUUCUGCAUUAAAUCAAACAGACUGCAGGAUCCAGAAGUUGAGCUUGAGCAGUAACAGUCUGACGCACGAUUGCUGUCCUCAGUUAUCUUCUGCUGUGACUAAAAACCAGUCCCUGAAGAAACUCGACCUGUCGUAUAACAACUUGUCAGGACCGCGGUUCAGUGACUUGGUGGAGGCUCUGUCCAAACCAACAUGUAGCAUAGAGGAACUAACUCUGAUCUCUUGUGACCUGACGGACGGUUCGUCUUCUCAUUUGGCCUCUCUAAUAAGUCGGAGCCACAAUCUCCGGACCCUCGAUCUGUCCGAUAAUGGUCUGGAGGGGCCUCAGUUCGGAGAGUUGAUGGGAGCCUUGUCAAGGCCAACGUGCAGGAUAGAAGAACUAACAUUGAGCUGUAAUGGCACGAAGAUAGACAGGUCCAGUAUCCAAUUGGCUUCUACUAUAUCGAGAAAUCAAUCUCUCCAGAAGCUUAACCUGGGUGGGAGUCAGCUGGUCGGCCCUCUCUUCACGGAGUUAAUGGAGGCGCUGUCCAGUGUUUCCUUCAGGAUAGAGGAGUUGAUUUUGAGAGAUGUCCACUUGACAGACAGAGCCUGUGCACAUCUGGCAAUGGCGCUACGCAAGAACCAGUCCCUGAAGACACUCGACUUGUCCUAUAACAACCUAGUUGGUCCUCAUUUUGGGGAUCUGAUGGGCGCCCUGUCUGGUCCAAGCUGCCGGAUAGAGGAAUUACAGCUGCAGAGUAUCGGGCUGACAGAUGAAUACGUCUCAUUUCUGGAGUUGCUGAAGAACAGUCGGAGCCUCAGGUGUCUGGAUCUGAACCGGAACUACAUAAAAGACACCGACCGACUAAUGGAGCAAAUGAGGACGUCCCGCAACCUGGAGGAGCUCAGAAUGAAUUUCAGAAAUAUCUUAGCACUAAAGCCUUAAGAUGGAAGCUGAAUUCCUCCUCAGAUGACUUUCCUCCAGUUUUGUCACUUUUAUGGUAAUUUUAAUCCAAUGGGACGUCACCUCCUACACACGGCAAAGGAAGAUUGUCCGAGGAACCAUGGAAACCUUCAGUACAUGACAUGAGGAUGGAUCAGAACCAGGGGUCAAGUCCUGGGGAAAAAGGGUAGGAACUCACCCAAGAUUUCUAAGCUGGUCCUGAAUGACUCCUCCUAAUGGGAACAGUGUUCCUGCUAUGGAAUAAGUGCAGGAACUCAGUUCCCAUGCGUUCCUGCAGGACUUGAGCCCUGAUCAGAACCCAUCGGCUGGCUGAAGAUUUCCCCAAACAAGAUGACCAGAUAUGAGUGUGAAUAGAUGGGUCUACUGACACCUCUUAAAUUUGGGGUGGAAAAAACGGUACAUGCCGAAACAUGGGUGUAUGUGGCAAUGACGCUGAGACAAUUGGGGUCUCCUCUUGAUGACCUUCCUCAAUGUUACAUCAUAUAUGACAUCACAGGGGUCUAGGGUGGGUUGAAAGUAAAUAUCAGAUCUCGACAUAUCAGGGUAUGAAGAAAAAAAGACCUCAAAAGGCGCUGCAGAUUCCC